AUGUCAGAUGAACAAGCAGAAGUUUUACCUGUUAAUGAAAAUAAUGAAAAUGAAGAUUUUAUUUUACAAAUCUUUGUUUCUGCACUGCCAACUGGAUUUAGUAAAAAUGAUACAAUUAACAAUAUGCUAAAUUCUUUACAAUAUGUUUUUAAAUAUACAAGAAAGGCUGAACCAAGAUCUUUGGCAUUUUCUGAAAUUUUAGAUAGAGCUCUUUAUAGUAAUAGUUCUAAUAAUUCAUUAAUUAUAGCAUUUCAAAAAUUACUUCUUCAUACUCAAGAAAUUAAUUUAUGUUCUGAAGAUUUAAUUAGUUUUGCUAUAAACAGUCUUGAAGAAAAUUGUAAUGACAGUAGUAAUGAUAAUAAUAUGCAAGAAACAAAUGAAAAUGAUAAAGACUAUGAAGAAAAUUGA